CUAGAGAGAGAAACUCUCCAAACACACAUAUAUAUACACAUAUACAUACAUAUAUACAGAUAUAUUUGUAAAGAUGAGCAGGACAAGGAAAGGAGAGAAACAAGAUGUUUCUAACUGUAGCUACCAUGUCGUUCACAAACUCCCUCCUGGAGAUACCCCAUAUGUUCGUGCCAAGCACGUCCAGUUGGUCGAAAAGGAUCCAGAUGCGGCUAUAGUGUUGUUCUGGAAGGCAAUAAAUGCAGGAGACAGGGUGGAUAGUGCCCUCAAAGACAUGGCUAUAGUUAUGAAGCAGCAAGAUAGAGCAGAAGAAGCAAUCGAAGCGAUCAAAUCUUUCCGAAAUCUCUGCUCCAAACAAGCUCAAGAGUCCCUAGACAAUGUGCUCGUCGAUUUAUACAAGAAAUGUGGGAAAGUUGAGGAUCAAAUAGAUCUGCUGAAGCAGAAGCUUCGGAUGAUUUACCAAGGAGAGGCCUUCAACGGCAAGCCUACCAAGACGGCACGCUCUCAUGGACGAAAGUUUCAGGUCACCAUCAAGCAAGAGACCUCCAGGAUACUGGGUAACUUAGGUUGGGCCUAUAUGCAGCAAGGAAACUAUUUAGCAGCUGAAGUAGUGUACAGUAAAGCUCAAGAAAUUGACCCGGAUGCUAACAAGGCUUGCAACUUGUGCCUGUGCCUGAUGAAGCAAACGCGAUAUAGCGAAGCACAGACGGUUCUUGAGCACGUGUUGCAAGGUAAGCUUUUGGGAUCUGAUGAACCCAAGUCAAGAAACCGCGCUGAAGAACUACUGAAGGAGCUGAAUCAGUGCCAGUCUACAGUGUUUUCGUCGAAUUCUUUAGGGUUAAAAAUAGAGGAUGCUUUUCUUGAGGGGCUUGACCAGUUGAUGAACCAAUGGACACCAUUUAGAUCAAGGAGACUUCCCAUCUUUGAAGAGAUCUCUCCAUUCAGAGAUCAGUUGGCUUGUUGAGUUAUAGAAAAAAAAAAAUACUUGUUCUUCUUUCUUGAGUGCGGAGUGUAUCAUUGUAACAAUUUUAAAAUGAGUGCCUAAUAGUAAAUGUAAAUACCCUUUUUGUCU